GGGAGCGCCUGAGGUCCGUGCGUGUGCGCUUGUCGGUGGAUCGGGACUCCGGGUGCUGCGGUCUGACCUGCUCCGAUUCAACCAUCGGACCUAACCCGGAUCUGACUGCGGGACUUUGAUUUUUGCCUGAUUCCGAAUCACGCGCCGCUCUGGAGGAUUUUACUCACGCGCACCUUUAUGAAUGGAGCCGUGUGCGCGUCUCACACCCGCGCACGCGUUUAGUGCGCGCACAGAUGGAGGGAAACCCGGUCUGGUCCCGGAUUAGAGGACGGAUUAUAUUUUCGAGGAUCAAUCCUAAUCCUGUCUAAGGAACUUUCCAGACCGUCAGGAGCGUUUAGGUUUGAUUUUCUCUGGAAAAUGAAAAUUCCAAAUUCUGUGGGAGAAUUAACCUAUUUAAUGAGAGACUCUUAAUUAAAAAACAAACAAAUUAUUAAUCCAUUCAUAAAGGUCAAAGUGCGAAUAACGCGCUGAGAGUCAAAAUAAAAGCUCCUGUGAGGAAGAUGAUGACGAUGAUGAUGACGUGAUGAUGAUGAUGAUGACAUGAUGAUGAUGAUGAUGAUGAUGGUUGGUAGCGGGUGAACAGCUGGUUCAGGAGUGAACUUCUAACCCGAACUCCUGCCACGCUAAAAUUUUAUUGUGAAAAGGACAAAAUUGGAGCUUUUAUUCUGACAGGUGCAAAACUACCAGGAUGUGAUUUGGGGAAAUACUGAAAAAGCUACAAAAACUGCAGGUUUCUGCCAUAAAAACAGAAAACCUCAAUACGAAUCUCUUUUAUUUGAAGUUUUAAUGCGGUUGUUAUAAGAAAUUCAAUCAUAAAAAUUUACCUUUUUAACAUUUGUUAAAUUUGUUCAUUAUGCCCCGCCUCAUUCCUGUACGAAUAACAGGAUUUCAACCCUUUUGGGCUCCGGCUUCAUUAUCUUAUAUUUUAAAAAUAUAUUGUGACAUUUUUGGCUUUGACAAAAGCCAAAAAUAAUAGAAAUCUGAGAUUACAAGCAAAUCAAACCGGAUUCAACCAGCUCAGAACUGGAUUAGUAGGAACCACAUGGGAUGGCAUCACUGGCUUGGACUUGAGCCUGUGAUGUGAGACAUUUGUUAAUAUUUUUGGAAUGCCUCAGAUGCUUUGGGGCCAAGACCCCGUUCGGUCUGAGAAAUCUGAGACCAAAAACCGCUGCUGAAAAGUUCAGUUACCAUGAAACAAAUAUAAAAAUCAAAUGCACCAAAAAUAAAAUAAGAAUAAAAAUUACAAGAAGCGUUUUAGAUUCAAACAAUUGACCUGAACUCCUGUAACAGAACCAGAACCAUCGGACAGGACUGAUAAGACGAAGUGCCACUUCUCCGUGUUUGCUGUUAAACAGAGCGCUUUGGGAGGAUGAAGAAGAUUUUCAGGCACAUUCUUAAAAUUUAUUAAUCAUCCUUUAACACUGAAACGAGCACCAGUCACUGCAUCAUAAAGACGUCCAACAGUGGCGCACCAUCAAAUGAGCGACUAUGUCAGACCGAAGCACCCCAGGCUGCCGGCUCAGACUAGAUUGGGUCUACGGGUACCGGGGCCACCAGUGCCGGAACAACCUGUACUACACGGCCGGGAAGGAGGUGGUGUAUUUUGUGGCCGGGGUCGGUGUGGUUUACAACACCAGGGAUCACAGCCAGAGGUUCUACCUGGGACACAGCGAUGACAUCAUAAGCUUUUUCUGGUCACUGUGCGGGAAUGCUCUCACUCCAAAACGAGGAAUAUUUGGGAAAACCGGCGACCUGCAGACCAUCCUGUGCGUGGCCUCGGCUAAAGACGACACCACAUAUUCUGGCGCACUGAACGGUGACAUUUAUGUGUGGAAGGAACUCAACCUGAUCCGGACGGUUCAGGCGGCGCAUGGGGCCGGAAUCUUCAGCAUGUUCUCGUGUGAAGAAGGAUUUGCCACAGGAGGCAGAGACGGCUGCAUCCGUCUGUGGGACGUCGACUUCAAACCCAUCACCAAGAUUGACCUGCGUGAGGCUGAACAGGGAUAUAAAGGUCUUUCUAUUCGCAGUGUGUGCUGGCGAGCUGAUCGCAUCCUGGCAGGAACACAGGACAGUGAGAUCUUUGAGGUGAUGGUGAGGGACCGAGACAAACCACUCCUCAUCAUGCAGGGUCACAGCGAGGGCGAGCUCUGGGCGCUGGACGUUCACCCCCAAAAAACGCUGGCUGUCACAGGCAGUGAUGACCGCUCCGUCAGGCUCUGGAGCCUGGUUGACCACACCCUCAUUGCUCGCUGUAACAUGGAGGAGGCGGUGCGGAGCGUGGCGUUCAGCGUGGACGGAUCGCAGCUGGCACUGGGCAUGAAGGACGGAUCGUUCACUGUGCUCAGAGUCAGGGACAUGACAGAGGUGGUCCACAUUAAGGACAGGAAGGAGGUGAUCCAUGAGAUGAAGUUCUCACCAGAUGGGGCGUAUCUUGCCGUUGGCUCUAACGACGGCCUCGUGGACGUCUACGCUGUCGCUCAGAGAUACAAAAAGGUCGGAGAGUGCGCUAAAUCCACCAGCUUCAUCACCCACCUGGACUGGACCGUGGACGGAAAAAUCCUGCAGACCAACGAUGGAGCCGGAGGACGACUCUUCUACCGAAUGCCCAUGGGGAAGCUGGUUGUUAGUAAGGAGGAGGUCAAAGGUCAGCAGUGGGCCUCCUGGAGCUGUGUCCUGGGUUCAGAGGUCAAUGGGAUCUGGCCUAAAUACUCACAGCAGUCUGAGGUUAACGCUGUGGCUGCUAACCAGGCGGCGGCUGUGGUGGUUACCGGGGACGACCUCGGCCUGGUUAAACUCUACCGCUUCCCCUGUCUGAGGAAAGGAGCCAAAUUCAAGAAGUAUAUCGGUCACUCAGCCCAUGUGACCAAUGUUCGCUGGUCACAUGACCUGCAGUGGGUGCUGACCACAGGCGGGGCAGACCACGCCCUCUUCCAGUGGAGGUUCGUACCAGACGGAGUCAUGAAUGGAGGUCUGGACGUCAGCAUUCCAGACAGUCACGGAGACUCGAACAGCGAGGAGUCGGACAGCGACGUGUCGGACGUCCCCGAGCUCGACACCGAUAUCGAACAGGAAACACAGAUCAACUACGACAGACAGGUCUAUAAGGAAGAUCUUCCUCGGCUGCGACAGGAGAGCCGACAGAAGAAGCAGCAGGUCGGCUCUCUGAAGCGACAGCAAGGACCAGACCAAGGCCUCCGACUGAAGUUUGUGCACGGUUACCGUGGUUACGACUGCAGGAACAAUUUGUUCUACAGCCAGGGUGGUGAGGUGCUGUACCAUGUGGCGGCGGUGGGUGUGGUUUACAACCGGCAGCUCCACAGCCAGCGCUUCUACCUCGGGCACGAUGAUGACAUCCUGAGCCUCAGCAUCCACCCACUGAAGGAUUUUGCUGCCACCGGACAGGUGGGGAGGGAUCCGGCCAUCCACAUAUGGGACAUCCAGACCCUGAAGUGUUUGUCCCUGCUCAAAGGCGGACACCACAGAGGCAUCUGCGCGCUGGACUUCUCAGCUGAUGGAAAAAGUCUGGUCUCAGUGGGAGUUGAUGAUGGACAUUCAGUCGUAGUCUGGGACUGGAAGAGAGGCGAGAAACUCGCCACCGCCCGGGGUCAUAAGGAGAAGAUAUUUGUGGUGAAGUGUAGUCCCAUGCUGAUGGACAAACUGGUCACUGUGGGAAUCAAACACAUCAGGUUCUGGCAACAUACAGGUGGCGGUCUAACCUUCAGUCGUGGUUUGUUUCGGAACGCCGGCCGGCUGGAGACCAUGAUGUCAGUGUGUUAUGGCCGCACUGAGGCGCUGGUGUUCUCUGGCGCCGCCACUGGAGAUGUUUACAUUUGGAAGGAGCCGCUGCUCCUGAAAACCGUCAAAGCUCACGAUGGGCCGGUGUUCGCCAUGUUCUCCUUGGACAAGGGUUUUGUGACAGGAGGGAAGGACGGCAUGGUGGCGCUGUGGGACGACAUGUUUGAUCGAUGUCUGAAGACGUAUGCGAUUAAAAGAGCGGCGCUGUCCCCGACGUCUAAAGGUCUGCUGCUGGAGGACAACCCGUCCAUCCGGGCCAUCACUCUGGGUCACGGCCACAUCCUGGUCGGAACCAAAAAUGGAGAAGUGCUAGAGAUCGACAAGACCGGGCCAAUGACACUGCUGGUGCAGGGUCACAUGGAGGGUGAGGUUUGGGGCGUGGCUGCUCACCCCCUCCUCCCCGUCUGCGCCACUGUCAGUGACGACAAAACACUGCGACUGUGGGAGAUUUCAGCCAGUCACCGCAUGGUGGCCGUCCGCAAGCUGAAGAGAGGCGGCCGUUGCUGUGCGUUCUCUCCUGACGGGAAAGAGUUGGCAGUCGGUCUGAACGAUGGCGGUGUGAUAGUGGUGAACGCCGACACGCUGGAGGAUCUGCUGACUUUCCACCAUCGCCGUGACACCGUCUCUGAUGUCCGCUUCUCACCAGACUCAGGUAAAUACCUGGCGGUGGCAUCUCAUGAUGGUUUGGUGGACAUCUACAACGUGCUGAGCAGUAAACGAGUGGGGAUCUGCAAAGGAGCGUCCAGUUACAUCACACACAUGGACUGGGACAGCCGAGGUAAACUGCUGCAGGUUAACACCGGAGCCAAAGAGCAAAUCUUCUUUGAAGCUCCGAGAGGAAAGAGGCAAACCAUCAGGAACUCUGAGCUGGAGCGGAUCGAGUGGUCCAGUUGGACUUGUGUUCUGGGUACUAGCUGUGAGGGAAUAUGGCCGACACACAGUGACAUCACUGACAUCAACGCCACAUCGCUCACCAGAGACAGAAAGCUACUCGCCACUGGAGAUGACUUUGGCUUCCUCAAGCUGUUCAGCUACCCUGUCAGAGGUCAAUACGCUCGUUUUAAGCGUUAUAUGGGUCACAGCUCCCAGGUGACCAAUAUCCGCUGGGCUCAGGACGACUCUGCCCUGCUGACGGUGGGUGGAGCUGACACCGCCAUGAUGAUCUGGACAAGGGAGCAAGGAGACAGUGUGGGUCCCAAUGGGGACGGGCCCCUGUACAGGGACAGCCGAGCUCCAGUAGACAGCGAGGAGUCAGAUGAUGACAUCGAGGAGGAUGGAGGUUACGACAGCGACGUGACCAGGGAGAAGAUGGUGGAUUACACCACUAAGAUGUUUGCUGUCAACAUCCGAGAGAUGAGAGGAACCAAACCUCACCAGCAGCUGAAGGAGGUCUCUGUGGAGGAGAGGCCUCCAGUGAGUCGAGCAGCACCGGUGCCGGAGAAACUCCAGAAGAACAUCUCCAAGAAGAAACAAGUGGUAGAGGACCUGAUCCUGGAUCACGUGUUCGGUUUUCGAGGUUUCGAUUGUCGUAACAACCUGCACUACCUGAACGAUGGCGCAGAGAUCGUCUACCACACGGCCGCCACGGCCAUUGUCCACAGCCUCAGCACCGGAACUCAGAGCUUUUACCUGGAACACAGUGAUGAUGUCCUCUGUCUGACCGUCAACCAGCACCCCAAAUUCAAGAACGUCAUCGCCACGGGACAGAUCGGCGGCACGCCGUCCAUCCACGUGUGGGAUGCGAUGAGUAAGCAGACUCUGUCCAUCCUGCGCUGUCCUCACAUUAAAGGCGUCGGCUACGUGAACUUCAGUGCCACGGGAAAGCUGCUGCUGUCUGUCGGAGUGGAACCUGAACACACCAUCACCGUGUGGCGCUGGCAGGAAGGAUCCAGGGUGUGCAGUAAAACCGGACAUCCGGACCGGAUCUUUGUGGUGGAGUUCCGUCCAGACUCAGACACACAGUUUGUGUCAGUGGGAAUCAAACAUGUGAAGUUCUGGAGUCUGGCUGGGGGAGCGCUGAUGUACAAGAAGGGCAUGGUGGGAACGCUGGAGGACAGUCGCAUGCAGACAAUGCUGUGUGUCGCCUUCGGCGCUAAUAACCUGACCUUCACCGGUGCCAUUAACGGGGAUGUGUACGUGUGGCGUGACCACUACCUGCUGAGGGUAGUGGGUAAAGCCCACACCGGGCCAGUCUUCACCAUGUACACCACGCUGAGAGACGGACUCAUCGUCACUGGUGGCAAAGAGAGGCCGACAAAGGAGGGUGGUGCUGUGAAGCUCUGGGAUCAGGAGAUGAAACGCUGUCGGGCAUUCCAGCUGGAGACGGGACGGCAGGUGGAGUGUGUCCGAUCUGUCUGCAGAAGCAAGGGUAAGAUCCUGGUAGGGACAAAGGAUGGCGAGAUCAUUGAGGUUGGGGAGAAGAACGCAGCGUCCAACCUGCUCCUGGACGGUCAUUCUCGGGGAGGAAUCUGGGGUCUGGCUGCUCAUCCCGCUAAAGAGCUCUGCAUCAGUGCCAGCGAGGACGCCACCAUCCGGUUGUGGGACCUGACUGACAAAAAACUCUUGAAUAAGGUUUGCAUCGGCCACGCCGCCUGCUGUGUCAGCUACAGCGCAGAUGGAGAGAUCUUGGCAGUGGGGAUGAAGAAUGGCGAGCUCCUCCUCCUCCUCGCCAACUCGCUCAAGAUCUGGGCAAAGAAACGCGACCGCAGCGCUGCCAUCCAGGAUAUCAGGUUCAGUCCAGACCGGCGGUUGUUGGCAGUGGGUUCCUUUGAGGGCACGGUGGAUCUGUACGACGUGAGCAGCGGUCCAAGUCUGAGCCGCCUGGUUUACUGCAGCGACAUCCCUGCGUUCAUUCUGCAGCUGGAUUUCUCAGCGGACAGCUGCUACGUUCAGGUGUCGACGGGAGCGUAUCAGCGUCGGGUGUUUGAGGUUCCUUCAGGGAAGCCGGUGAGCGACCCAUCCGUCAUCGACAGGAUCACCUGGGCCACCUGGACCAGCAUCCUGGGAGAUGAAGUUUUGGGGAUUUGGCCACGAAAUGCUGACAAAGCCGAUGUGAACUGUGCCUGUGUGUCGCACGCCGGCCUCAACGUGGUCACCGGUGACGACUUUGGACUGGUCAAACUGUUCAGCUUCCCCUGCACAGAGAAGUUUGCGAAACACAAACGCUAUCUCGGACACUCGGCUCAUGUGACCAACAUCCGAUUCUCCCACGACGACAAAUACGUGAUCAGCACAGGAGGAGACGACUGCAGCGUCUUUGUGUGGAAAUGUCUCUAAACUGAGACAAUUCUGCCAUCUAGUGGAUGCCUCAACUCAAAGCACCUCAGCAGCACUACAAGUGGAUCUGAGAGGGAAUCGGACCCCCAACCUCCUGGACAGCACAGAAGAAGGACUCAGUUCUAACUACAGAAAAACUGAUGGGUGGGGUUUUGGACCACAGCGGAUCCGCCUUCUGUUCGAGCUAAACGUCAGCUGAUCUUAGCAACACUCUCUUGUAUUAGCAUGUUUGCUAAAGUGAGAGUCGGUAGCAUUCACGUUUGGUUCUUGUGUUUUAAACUUAAAUAUUUGUCCUGAUGGACUAAAUGACCCUGAAUGCAGCAUAGAGCAUUGAAAAACCCAGUGACUUAAGAUGCCACGCCCUCUUUGUCUCCCACCUGCCCUGCCGUCACCAUAGUGACAGCCAGACGUUCUAACCUAUGCCCACCAGCAGAGGGUAGUCACAGUUCUCACCAUUAACUCAUCACUUCUUUAUGAUGUCAAAAGGUGAAAAACAUUAAAGAAAGAAAAAUACUGAGGCAGAUUCACAUCAAAUCACCCUUCACACAAAGAAGCUCCACCCCCUGCUCUGUCAGCUGCUAGAGGGCGCCAUAACACAAACAUCUCAUUUUAUUAUGUUAUUAAAAAAAACAGCAUUUUAAUAUGUUCUGGCUCCGCCCCUUAUUUUAGAUCCACCCACUCA